UACAUGCCAAGUGUGAUAUGAUUCACCCAUACUACACAUUUGUAAACUAAUGAAAUGAAUGAAAUUUUCUGUGUAAACCCACAUCAGAAUAAUGUGGUGAAGAAGUUUUAUAGAAAAUCAUAUUAUUAUAAUAAGAAUGUGAACACAUUCUUCGCUUAUCAUUGAUUCGGCUAUUCGUGUAUCUUCGGCUAUUAAAUUUGUUGGUUUAAUACGUGUUUUUUGGAAUUAAAAGUGUAGCAUUCACAUAGCUACUAUCUAUGUCAUAAUAUUGUCUAUUAUUUAUAGUAAUAGAUAGGGAUAAAAAUGGAAGCUGAAGAUAUUUUUUACAAUAAGCAAGAAUAUAUUGAAACUGCCUCUGGAAAUAAAGUUAGUCGGCAGUCUGUUCUCUGCGGAAGUCAAAACAUAGUCUUAAAUGGAAAGACAAUAAUCCAAUCUGAAUGUGUGAUAAGAGGAGAUUUGGCUAAUGUGAGGAUAGGAAGACACUGUGUCAUUAGUAAAAGAGCUGUAAUUCGACCCCCUUUUAAAAAAUUCAGUAAAGGAGUUGCUUUCUUCCCUCUUCACAUCGGAGACCAUGUCUUUAUUGAUGAAGAUACAGUUGUGAAUGCUGCUCAUGUAGGUUCUUAUGUCUAUAUAGGAAAAAACUGUGUAAUUGGUCGAAGAUGUGUUUUGAAAGAUUGUUGCAUGAUAGCAGAUAACACUGUGUUGCCUCAAGAAACUGUGGUACCUGCUUUUUCCAUGUACUCAGGAUCACCUGGUUUGUAUACUAAAGAAUUACCAGAAUGUACUCAAGACCUUAUGAUGGACUUCACUAAAGGAUAUUACCAACAUUUUAAGGCUUUAACACAAAAUUAAAUUUAUUAUUUAUAUGAAUUAAAAAGAACAUUACAUUGAUGCAAA